CAUUAACAAGUGCACUGAAUGGGCUAGAAUCUUGUACCUCUCUUCGUUCCAUGAAUAUCCAUGCUUGCAAAAAUUUGAGUUACUUACCACAUGGGCCACCAAACCUUGUCUCUCUUGAGUACUUGUCAGUAAGUGAGUGUCCUAAUCUAGAGACUCUUCCAAGUUUAGACAACCUCAAAUUCCUCAGUGAAUUGCAUAUUCAUAAUUGUGAUGCAUUAACAAGUGCACUGAAUGGGCUAGAAUCUUGUACCUCUCUUCGUUCCAUGAAUAUCCAUGCUUGCAAAAAUUUGAGUUACUUACCACAUGGGCCACAAACCCUCGUUUCUCUUGAGUACUUGUCAGUGAGGGACUGCCCCAGUCUAGAGACUCUUCCAAGUUUAGACAACCUCAAAUUCCUCAGUGAAUUGCAUAUUCAUAAUUGUGAUGCAUUAACAAGUGCACUGAAUGGGCUAGAAUCUUGUAGCUCUCUUCGUUCCAUGAAUAUCCAUGCUUGCAAAAAUUUGAGUUACUUACCACGUGGGCCACAAACCCUCGUUUCUCUUGAGCACUUGUCAGUGAGGGACUGCCCCAGUCUAGAGACGCUUCCAAGUUUAGACAGCCCCACAACCCUCAGUGAAUUGCAUAUUCAUAAUUGUGAUGGAUUAACAAGCCUACCGAAUGGACUAGCAUCCUGCAUGUCUCUUUCCUCUCUCACAAUAUGGAAAUGUAGGAAACUACAACAGUUUCUGACAGGGCUACACUGCAUCACGGAAUCGAAAAUUGGUGGGCUCUGGGAGGAGCUCGAUUUCUUCCCAAGUUUCCCAAAUUUUACACAGCUGGAAAGAUUAACAUUGUGUGGGUGGCCUAAGCUCAAGUCUUUGCCUCAAGAACUUCAGUACUGCACUUCUCUAAGAUUUUUGUAUAUAGCAUCUUUUAAUGGAGUGGAGUCUUUCCCAGAGUGGUUGGGUGACCUUACAUCUCUUCAAUUGCUGAAUAUUAAGAGUUGCAAGAAUCUGAUGCAUCUCCCUACAGCCAAAGCUACGCAACGUCUCACCAAAUUAAAAACGCUAGCGAUUUAUGAUUGUCCCAGACUAAAGGAAAGAUGCACCAACGAGAGGGGCCCAGAGUGGCCCAAGAUUUCUCACAUUCCAAUUAUCUUUGUUAUGGAUUGAUGACAUGUCAAAUGACCUGACGAGGAGGCUGCUGUAUGCUUUCUUUAUAUUUUGUUUUUGGACUGAAGCUACUGUACUCUUUCACACAGUUGGAUAUUCACGGUUUUCAGCUUGCAUUCCAGUUAUGUGUACUACCAAUUCCUAAUUGCUUGAUGUUUAAGCAAUGUAAGCUUUUCAAACCACCACCUGCUCUUCUCUUCUGAAGUUCCUCCUUGAUUAGAUUGGAGCUGUUUUUUGGUGCACUGUACUCUUCCCUGGCUGAUCUGGUCCAUCUUCCCCCAACUAUUCGCUUACAAUGUCGCUUUCUUUCUCUAGCCUUUGCUCCAAUUCUUCUCAAUUGGAAGAACAACGCAUGUGAAAUAGGUGCAAACUGAGUCCAGUCCAUUGCAAUUGCGGAUGUAUGGACUGGAGGGGGAAUUAUUUUGUCAUCAGGAGCGUAAAAAGUUUCGUGACAUUGGUAGAAGAUCUCCAGUGUCACGGGUGUUGGUUUGGCUGGUGGAGGAUCUGGAAGGUAUGCAACCGUUUAAUUUUUGAUGGCAUAUAUAGUGGCUGGCCUGCCAGUCGUUCUGCAAUCCGUAUUGAGUAACUCGGAGAGUUUACUGCAGCCUUCUCUAUGGAUAGGGGAUGUGUUUUCUGUAGAUCACGUGCACAGCCAGUAAACUACGAUGUGUCAUGGCAAGCACAAGCUAGUCAUGGGUAAGAGGUUGGUUUGCGGGGGGCAUGGAAUGAUAUCCAGAGAGACCACUUAAACUCAGUUUUGCUAGUCUAAGUUGCUCAACUGCCCUGGAGGUUGUGUAGAGGAUGUGAAUGUCAAAGAUAUCUGGUUGCUUUCAAUCAGUUUUGAACAUCUUUCGUGUAUUUAUAAUUUAUGUUCUCAAUAAGGGCCACAUUAACUCCAGAAAUUGCAGAGUUUGGUACUCAGCAUGUGCAUAAUUCUCGCUUUAUCCCAAUAUGAAAUAAUAUUAGUGA